AACCACACCCAUCUAGUUAUUAAGUCUUAAGAUGGCUACCAAAACAUAAGAGGUGCAAAGUUCAUCCGUUUAACCUUUCCAGCUUUCCUGUAUCCUUUGUGACGGCUACCUUUGCACUGGUUCCACGUAAUAGAUCACACAAGUCUAUAUAGUAGAAGAGAAGAAGCAGACCUGUCCAUUUUAUCUACUUUGACUGUAGACCAACUAAUUUCUGUUACAGCUUCUUACAUAAUGUCUUCAGAAGGUCCUUCACAUAAACGCUGGGUCCCUCCUCCUCGUCCAGUGGUAGAAGAAUCUAAAUUCUGGCGGAAAGCAAAGCAGAACCCACUCGUACCAAUAGGUUGUAUCGGUACUGUGGGUGUACUUUGUAUGGGUCUCCUCUCAUUCAAGAGAGGGAAUGUGGUCAUGUCACAGAAAAUGAUGCGUCUUCGUGUCUUAUUUCAAGGAGGGACAGUACUUGCUCUUGUAGGGGGCAUAGCCUUAGAGGCUAAAAAUCACUGACCACACCUACAAACUAUUAAUGCUAGCUAUGCUAAUAAUAAUAAUUAAUUUAUCAUAACAUAUUCACUAUCACUCGAUAUUUAUUUUGCUAUGUAGUUGAUUAAUUAAAUUUUUUGAAAUGUUGGAUUCCUCAUUUCCUGUUGACCGUAAA